AUGUCAAAUGCUUGGGGGGUUCGAGGCCGGACUAAGAUCCGUCCACCUAAGAAGAUCGUGUCGAACGAAGAGGACUUUGAGAAACUGUGGGUCGUAAUCAGAAACGCCAUCAAGGAGAUCCAACACAAGAAUGCGUCCAAGUUGUCUUUCGAGGAACUCUACAGAAAGGCGUACAACUUGGUGCUUCGAAAACAAGGCAAAAUGUUGUACGACCAGGUCGAGUUGACGAUCCAGGAGUUCCUUCUUCAGGAUACACGGAAAGAGCUGUUGGAGAGUCUUGAAACCGACGACGAACGGGUCUUCUUGCUCAAACUGAACUCUGUUUGGGAAGACCAUCUUCUAAGCAUGCGGAUGAUCAGCGACGUGUUGAUGUAUCUUGAUCGAGUGUACGCUAAGGAAUUCCAUUUGCCGCUGAUCUACGACGUCGGACUGACCGUUUUCAGAGACAGCGUUAUCAAGUACAAUAACAACGAGAUAGGAAUGCGGGUUAUCAACAUCAUCAUCGACUACAUCAACAAGAGCAGACACGGAGAAAUCAUUGACAAAUUCAUCAUUAAGGCCAUUAUCUACAUGUUUAGCUCGCUAGCGGAGACCAUAUCGAUGGACUCGAGCGAUGGCGUUCCCUACGGAGAAAACUACUAUCUGCGGUACUUUGAGCCGGUGCUUUUGCGCCAGAGUCACGAGUAUUUCGAGCGCCAGGCCAAUGACUUGCUGAUCCAGCAGUCCGGCACUAUCUACAUUGAAAACGCGAUGCAAUUGAGUCAAGACGAAGAGGCCCGCAUCCAGCUGUACUUGCCCGACGUGACGAGUCCCAAAUUGAUCGAACUGAUGGACAACGAUCUCAUUACUCGCAAUAUGGAGUCGAUCAUGAAGUUGGAAAACGACGGGCUUAAGAGCUGGGUCAACGACAACAACUUCAAAAUGCUAGCCUCGCUGUACAAGCUGAUCACCCGUGUCGAUACCGAGCUCGAAAUGCUCAAGAGACAGCUAAGAGCGAUCGUGCUACUCAAUUGCGAAGAGCUCAACACCAAGACAAAGGAGGAGCUGGAGCUGCUCCAAAAACAAGCCGAGGAUCAGGAGCCUGACAAAAAGACAAAAAAACGGAACAGCAAAGAGAACGCCACCCAGUUUGCCGUUCGGUGGAUCCAGAACUUCCUCGACUUGAAGGAAAAGUACGAUCUGAUAAGCAAGAACGCAUUCGAUGGCAACCCGGGGCUGGUUCGAGAGAUUGAAUCGUCAUUUGCAGGAUUCCUGAAUCUCGACAACAAAACGGCAGAGUACCUAUCGCUUUACAUUGACGACGGAAUCAAAAAGUCUUUCAAAGACAAAUCACAGGAAGAAGUGGAAGAACUUCUGGAUAAAUCCAUCAUUGUGUUCAGAUUCAUCAAAGACAAGGACGUGUUUGAGAAAUACUACAAGAACCAUCUUGCCAGAAGACUGUUGCAACAAAAGACUAGCUCCAACGACGUCGAGAUGAACAUGAUCACGAAACUGAAACAGGAGAUCGGCUCGUCGUUCACGUCCAAAUUUGAAGGCAUGUUCAAAGACAUCAAGAUCUCCCAGGACUUGUCCUCGGACUUCAACGUUAGCAUAGCUGGAGACGAAGAGAUCAAGCGGAUCAACGGACGCAAGCUCGAGCUAGACACGUCUAUUUUGACCACCAGUUUCUGGCCAAUGCCUAUCAAUAAAACGCUGGUCGAGGUUCAAUACCCAAGCGAGUUGGAAUUACUCAAGCUCAGAUUCGAGUCUUUCUACAACACCAAGUAUUCGGGAAGAAACCUGACGUGGGCUCCGAAUUUUGGCACAGUGGAUAUCCGAAUGCAUUAUCCUAAGAAAAGUUACGAGGUCAACAUGUCUACUUACGCUGCAAUCAUCCUUCUAAGUUGUUUCAACGAAUCCUCUGAGAAACAAGAGUACACUUUUGAAGAGAUCUACAACAUAACCAGAAUUCCGAAACCGGAUCUCAUAAGGCACCUGCAGUCGAUUUCUGUCGCCUCGCGCACGCGGUUGCUGAAGAAGACGCCAAUGUCCAAGGACGUCAAUCCAGAGGAUGUGUUUUCCGUCAACGACCAGUUCAAGUCUCCGCAGACGAAAAUCAAGGUGCUGACCGUUUCCUCAGGCUCCAAGGUCGAGGACGAUACCCAAAGAUCAGAAACCAUGGAUGCCAUCAACAAGUCGCGGAUCUUGGAGACAGAGGCUGCAGUGGUACGGAUCAUGAAAGCACGCCGACAGUCCAGCCACCAAGAGCUUGUGAACGAGGUGAUUCGUCAACUGAUCAACAGAUUCAAACCCCAGCCGUCAUUCAUCAAGCAGAGAAUAGAAGAACUGAUCGAAAAGGAGUAUCUGGCAAGAAGCGAGGAUGCCCGAGACGUUUACCACUAUCUUGCAUAA